ACUUUUUACUCUCCCGGGAGCGCUGGCAGGCAUCGGCAGGUUCAAGUCUCAGAACGCUCUUGCUGCGGGCUUCCCGUUUCCCGGGAUGGACUUCCCCAGCCCCCUCCCGCCCAUGCUGUUUAGGACCGGGCCCCUGGGGCUGAGUAACGUUCCUGACCUGUCCGCCACGUGCGGCUGGAGGGCCUCGCUCACCCUGCCCGAGCCCCUGGCCCAGAGCUCCCAGAAUGGGGUGUCGUGCGUGGCCGCAGCCCCGCUCUGGGAGCCAGAAACCCCUGGACCCCUUCCCUUGCUGCUUCCUGGGCCCGAUCCCUGGGACCCUGGGGUGACCGCCCAGGACCUGCUUUUCCGGGGAGGCGUCUCGUUCCGAAGAAAGCCCCAGCCUGUGCUGGAUGUCACGGAACAGCUCAGCCGCUUCCUGUGGGACCAUGGGGACGUGGCCUUUGCACCCCUGGGGAAGCUGAUGCUGGAGAACUUCAAACUCGAAGGAGCACGGAGCCAUUCUAAGAAGAAGACAGUGGUCAGUGUGAAGAGGCUACUCCAGGACCUCGGUGGACACCAGCCCUGGGGGUGUCCCUGGGCUUUCCUCAGCUUCCGGCAGCGCCGGUUCUCCAUCCUCGGGGGCCCCGUCCUGGGCACGUCCGUGGCCAGCCUCCUCGGGGACCUGCUGCACGAGGAGCUGGCCCUGCGCUGGGAGCAGCUUCUCCUGGACGAUGCGUUUACUGGUGGCGCGAUGGCCUGGGUGCCCGGGGGGACGCCCGGCGGGGGACAGCUGGUCUUCCCUGCGGGAGGCGCCCUGGACAAGCUGUGUUUCCAAGAGGUCAGUGUGACCCCUGGCGGUGACCCCCAGGCCCUCGGGGACCCUGGCCACAUCCAGCUCCGCGGACCCGUCCGCCAGGUGGUGACCCGUACCGUGCAAGGGGAAUCCCUGCUGGCCGUCCGGUCUGACUACCACUGUGCCCUGUGGAAGGUCCGUAAGCAGGGGCGGCCCGUCCCCCUCCAGGUGCUGCAGGUCGGGAAGGGGGCCACAGGGAUCAGCCUCAGCCCUCACCUGCCGGGGGAGCUGGCCGUCUGCAGCCGUUCGGGAGCCGUCUGCCUGUGGACCCCCCGGGACGGGCUGCAGCAAGUCUACAAGGACCCUGACACCCUCGUGUUCCGGGACCCCUCCCCCUGGCGUUGGGCAGACUUCACGGCCCACCCCCGGGUGCUGACCGUGGGCGACCGCACUGGAGUGAAAAUUAUCGACACUCAGGGCCCACCGGGCUGUGGUCUGCUGCUCUUCCGUGGGGGGGCAGAAGCAGCGUGCCAGAAGGGGGAGCGUGUCCUGCUGACGCGGUGCCUGGGGGAGUGUGGCCCCGAGCCCCUGCACCCCACGCUCCACCUCAUCCUUACCCAGUUCUCACUCUACCUGGUGGAUGAGCGCCUCCCCCUGGUGCCCCUGCUGAAGUGGAAGCACGAGCUCCCCUCCGCCCCCCUGUUUGCCCAGCUGCUGCCUCCGCCCCGACCCGGCCACCCGUGGCCGCUGCUGCUGGGCGCCCAGGGUGGGGACCUGCGGCUGCUGCAGCUCGCAGGAGCGGGGGCCUCUGUGCCCCGGCUGGCGGGCCCCCCCCAGUCUCUCCCCACCAGCAGCGACUCCCUCUCCGCCUUCCCCCUGCUGGAGCCCAAGGGUCAGUGGCGGCUGCAGGAACGUCUGAAAGCGCCAACCAUAGGUCUGGCUGCCACUGUGCUGCCCUCCGCCCCCACACCGGCCGUGCUGCUCUUCCAGCUUUCUGCGGCCGGGGACGUCUUCCACCAGCGCCUCUGCCUCCAGGCAGACCCCGGGCCCGACUCCCGCGCCCCCACGGCUUCCUGGACCCCCCAGGCCACUGCCUGCUGCAGCCGGUGGCUGAAGGCCCUGCUGGGGGUGCCGCCGCCUUCCCCCGUGUGGACAGCACCCACCUUCUCCCACCGCCGUGUGCUAGGCUGCGUGGAACAGCGGCCGGGAGAGCGGAGAGGGCCAGAGGGCCUGCGAGCGGCCAUGGCCGAAGGGCGGCUCCUGUUGCACAGGGACCUGGGUGCUGUCCCCUCUGCGGAGCCACCGCCCGCCCCCGAACCAGGCCCCGAGGAUGAGCUCAGCGCGCGUUUGGAGGCGGCCUGGGAAGGCCAGGUGGCCGCCUGGUGGGAGAGGCAGCAGGGCGGGAGCUCGGGACCCGGGAGGCGGCCCAGGCGGCCCAGGCGCCGCACUCAGCUGUCCAGCACUUUCUCCUCGCUCAGUGGCCGCCUGGACCUCUCGGACGCCACCAGCCCUCCUCCCAGCCCAGGCCGGAUGUCCCCUGAGGCCAGGCCGCAACCACCAGUGACCCCACCCUCCCACGAGUUGACCCAGGAGCCGUGGGCUCGGGGUGUCCCCUCGGAGCGGCAGCAGACACUCCGAGACUACAUGGCCAAGCUUCCGCUCCGAGCGGACGCCCCGGGAGGCAUCUCCUCACCCCUCUCCCAGGCCUCCGGCGUUCGGGCCACCCCCUCCAGGCAGCGGACCUCCCAGGAAGGCUCAGCCGAGCGGCCGCUCCGAAGGCAGGCCCUGGGAGGUGCCGCCGUGGUCUCUUCGCAGGCCUCCAGCGGCCGGGCCACCCCCUCGGGCUCUCAGCCACCACGGAAGAAGCCCCGCAUGGGCUUCUGAGGCCCCGGGAGGCUGCCCCCCGCCCCCCAGCCCUUCUUCCUGGACAGCUGCGCCCUCCGCGGCCGGAGCCUGGGAAGUGAAGACGACCAUCUCCAGGGAGCAGACCCUUGUGCGUCCCGGCGGGCACGGGACUGCAGGAGACCCCCCCCUCAAAGUGGUCGGGAUCCAAGUCAGAGCACCGGGACCCGCAGAGUAGUCGUUUCUGCUGUGUACGCUGUGGCUUGAUGGUCAGUCCAAGCCACAUGCUGCCCAGGCGCUGGUGUCCCGGCCUGAAGGUCCGUGUCGUGGGGUUCCCUCCAGGGGGCAGUGUUGUGCUUUAAAGUGUGAGGGGCUGAGCUGCAUGGGCCUCCCGAGUCCCCAUUGUCACCCGGGUCACGGUGCUGGUGCCCUGCCGAGCUCAGGGAGGCCGUGGGUGCCAGUACUGGUUAGUGGGCGUCUGUUGAGCGGUUUCCGCCAUGAUCUAACAUUCACUAGACCAGAUGCUCGGUCCUGCAUUCAGGGAUUGAAUAAACUUGGCGGCUGAACGUGGUUUU